CAGCGGGAGGGAGUGACAGCUCUGCCCUCCUGCAACCCAGCUGAGUCUCGCGUGGCGGCUCUCAGGCAGAAUCUGGAAUAGGCUGAUUAACUGGCAUCUCAGGACACGAUGGAAGAGCUCAAAACAUGCAAAUCGGUUAUGGGGCAUAAAUAGAGUUUACUGGGCUCACCUAGGCCGCGUCUCGGCAGGCUCCGGGAACCAUUUACCCGGGCUUUUGGGGCGGCGGGAGGCAGGGCAGGAGGCCAUGCAGCUUGGAGCUCCUCACCCCCAUUGGACGUGUGUGCCUCCCCUCCGCAGGGUCAGGACGCCCGCCCCGUGCCCGCCCGCCUGCCGGCACCUGCAACUGGGGCCGCACCCCGCCCGCGCCCCCGCGCGCACCCCCUCCGCAGGGCUUGGCGGCAGGUGCCUGCUCUCCAGAGAGAGCUUCGCAUUAACUUUCCCAUCUGACAUAAUCAUGGAGAGAAAAUGAAGAGAUCCCAUUAGCGGCUGGCGGGCGGGCGGGAGAGCGCAGGGCCGGGGCGCAUCGGAUCCCUGCCGGGGAUAGGGCCGGGGCCCGGGCGAACGGAGGGCGCCUGUAUUUUUAGCCAGAUGCCGCGUAACUUGCUGGCGCUCCCCGCGCCGCCCAGCAGAUAACCGGGAGGGGGAGCGGGAGCCGGGCUCGGAUUUCAGCGCGGGCGCCGGACGAUGGCAGCGCGACAGGGCAGGUCCGGGCCAGACUCUGCGGCUGAUGCUGCUACCAGCUUUCUGAGAGCAGCAAGAUCAGGUAACUUGGACAAAGCUUUGGAUCACCUGCGGAAUGGGGUAGACAUUAACACCUGUAACCAGAAUGGGUUGAAUGGCUUGCAUCUGGCCUCUAAGGAAGGCCAUGUGAAAAUGGUGGUUGAACUUCUGCACAAAGAAAUCAUUCUAGAAACAACAACCAAGAAGGGGAACACGGCCCUGCACAUUGCGGCCCUGGCCGGGCAGGAUGAGGUGGUCCGGGAGCUGGUCAACUAUGGAGCCAAUGUCAAUGCCCAGUCGCAGAAAGGUUUUACACCUUUGUACAUGGCAGCACAAGAGAACCACUUGGAAGUGGUUAAGUUUUUACUGGAAAAUGGAGCUAACCAGAAUGUAGCCACGGAAGACGGCUUCACGCCUCUGGCGGUGGCCCUGCAGCAGGGCCACGAGAACGUGGUCGCGCACCUCAUCAACUAUGGCACCAAGGGGAAGGUGCGCCUCCCGGCCCUGCACAUCGCGGCCCGCAACGACGAUACGCGCACGGCGGCGGUGCUGCUGCAGAACGACCCCAACCCCGAUGUGCUUUCCAAGACGGGAUUCACACCCCUACACAUCGCGGCCCACUACGAGAACCUCAACGUGGCCCAGUUGCUCCUCAACAGGGGAGCCAGCGUCAAUUUCACACCACAGAAUGGCAUCACGCCACUGCACAUCGCCUCCCGCAGGGGCAACGUGAUCAUGGUGCGGCUGCUGCUGGAUCGGGGGGCCCAGAUAGAAACCAAGACCAAGGAUGAAUUGACACCUCUCCACUGUGCAGCUAGAAAUGGACACGUGCGAAUCUCAGAGAUCCUGCUGGACCACGGGGCACCAAUCCAAGCCAAAACCAAGAAUGGCCUGUCCCCAAUUCACAUGGCGGCUCAGGGAGACCACCUCGACUGUGUCCGACUCCUGUUGCAAUACGAUGCAGAGAUAGACGACAUCACCCUGGACCACCUGACCCCACUCCAUGUGGCUGCCCACUGCGGACACCACAGGGUGGCCAAGGUCCUUCUGGAUAAAGGGGCCAAACCCAACUCCAGAGCCCUGAAUGGCUUUACCCCCUUACACAUCGCCUGCAAAAAGAACCACGUCCGUGUCAUGGAGCUGCUGCUGAAGACCGGAGCCUCGAUUGACGCGGUCACCGAGUCCGGCUUGACGCCUCUCCACGUGGCCUCCUUCAUGGGGCACCUUCCCAUCGUGAAGAACCUCCUGCAGCGGGGGGCAUCACCCAACGUCUCCAACGUGAAAGUGGAGACCCCGCUACAUAUGGCAGCCAGAGCCGGGCACACGGAAGUGGCCAAAUAUUUACUCCAGAACAAAGCCAAAGUCAAUGCCAAGGCCAAGGAUGACCAGACCCCACUUCACUGUGCAGCUCGCAUUGGCCACACAAACAUGGUGAAGCUCCUUCUGGAAAACAACGCCAACCCCAACCUGGCCACCACCGCUGGGCACACCCCCCUGCACAUCGCAGCUCGAGAGGGCCACGUGGAAACGGUCCUGGCCCUUCUGGAAAAGGAAGCAUCCCAGGCCUGCAUGACCAAGAAAGGAUUUACCCCUCUGCACGUGGCGGCCAAGUACGGGAAGGUGCGGGUGGCAGAGCUGCUGCUGGAGCGGGACGCGCACCCCAAUGCUGCGGGAAAAAAUGGCCUGACCCCCUUGCACGUGGCUGUCCAUCACAACAACCUAGACAUCGUCAAGCUGCUGCUUCCCCGGGGCGGCUCCCCACACAGCCCCGCCUGGAAUGGCUACACCCCUUUGCACAUCGCUGCCAAGCAGAACCAGGUGGAGGUGGCCCGCAGUCUGCUACAGUAUGGGGGCUCAGCAAAUGCCGAGUCGGUGCAGGGCGUGACGCCCCUUCACUUGGCCGCCCAGGAAGGUCACGCAGAGAUGGUGGCUCUGCUGCUCUCCAAACAAGCCAAUGGCAACCUAGGGAACAAGAGUGGACUCACUCCCCUCCAUCUGGUAGCACAAGAAGGCCACGUUCCAGUGGCAGACGUGCUGAUCAAACACGGCGUGACGGUGGACGCCACCACCCGGAUGGGCUACACUCCCCUCCACGUGGCCAGUCAUUACGGAAACAUCAAGCUGGUGAAGUUUCUGCUGCAGCACCAGGCAGAUGUCAAUGCCAAGACCAAGCUAGGAUACAGCCCCCUGCACCAGGCAGCCCAGCAGGGACACACAGACAUCGUGACUCUGCUUCUGAAAAAUGGUGCUUCCCCAAAUGAGGUCAGCUCGGAUGGAACCACACCUCUGGCCAUAGCCAAGCGCUUGGGUUACAUUUCUGUCACCGACGUACUCAAGGUUGUCACAGAUGAAACCAGUUUCGUGUUAGUCAGUGAUAAGCAUCGGAUGAGUUUCCCUGAGACGGUAGAUGAGAUCCUGGAUGUCUCGGAAGAUGAAGGAACUGCUCAUAUAACUAUAAUGGGGGAGGAACUCAUCGGCUCCAAGGCUGAGAGGCAGGAUUCCAGGGAUGUCGAUGAAGAGAAGGAGCUGCUGGAUUUUGUGCCGAAGCUAGACCAAGUGGUGGAAUCUCCCGCCAUCCCCAGGAUUCCCUGUGUCACGCCCGAGACGGUGGUGAUCAGGUCCGAAGAGCCGGAGCAGGCAUCUAAAGAGUUUGAUGAGGACUCCCUCAUCCCCAGCAGCCCAGCCACUGAGACCUCAGACAACAUCAGCCCGGUGGCCAGCCCAGUGCACACAGGGUUUCUGGUGAGCUUCAUGGUUGACGCCCGGGGUGGCUCCAUGAGAGGAAGUCGCCACAACGGCCUGCGAGUGGUGAUCCCGCCGCGGACGUGCGCAGCACCCACCCGCAUCACCUGCCGCCUGGUCAAGCCCCAGAAGCUGAGCACGCCACCCCCACUGGCUGAGGAGGAGGGCCUGGCCAGCAGGAUCAUUGCUCUAGGGCCCACGGGGGCACAGUUCCUGAGCCCUGUGAUCGUGGAGAUCCCGCACUUUGCCUCCCAUGGCCGUGGAGACCGUGAGCUCGUGGUUCUGAGGAGCGAAAACGGCUCCGUGUGGAAGGAGCACAGGAGCCGCUAUGGAGAAAGCUACCUGGAUCAGAUCCUCAACGGGAUGGAUGAAGAGCUGGGGAGCCUGGAGGAGCUGGAGAAGAAGAGGGUAUGCCGAAUCAUCACCACUGACUUCCCGCUGUACUUCGUGAUCAUGUCACGGCUCUGCCAGGACUAUGAUACCAUCGGCCCUGAAGGCGGCGCCCUGAAGAGCAAGCUGGUACCCCUGGUGCAGGCGACGUUCCCGGAGAACGCCGUCACCAAGAGAGUGAAGCUGGCUCUGCAGGCACAGCCUGUCCCAGAUGAGCUUGUCACCAAGCUCCUGGGCAACCAGGCCACAUUCAGCCCCAUUGUCACUGUGGAACCCCGGCGCCGGAAGUUCCACCGCCCCAUUGGGCUUCGGAUUCCGCUUCCUCCUUCCUGGACUGACAACCCGAGGGACAGCGGGGAGGGAGACACCACCAGCCUGCGCCUGCUCUGCAGCGUCAUUGGUGGAACAGACCAGGCCCAGUGGGAAGACAUAACAGGAACCACCAAGCUUGUAUAUGCCAAUGAGUGCGCCAACUUCACCACCAACGUCUCUGCCAGGUUUUGGCUGUCGGACUGUCCUCGGACCGCCGAGGCUGUGAACUUCGCCACCCUGCUGUACAAAGAGCUUACCGCAGUACCCUACAUGGCCAAAUUUGUCAUCUUUGCCAAGAUGAAUGACCCCCGAGAGGGGCGCCUGCGCUGCUACUGCAUGACAGAUGACAAGGUGGAUAAGACCCUUGAGCAGCAUGAGAACUUCGUGGAGGUGGCCCGGAGCAGGGACAUAGAGGUGUUGGAGGGAAUGUCCCUGUUUGCAGAACUCUCCGGGAACCUGGUGCCCGUGAAGAAAGCUGCCCAGCAGCGGAGCUUCCACUUCCAGUCAUUUCGGGAGAACCGUCUGGCCAUACCUGUAAAGGUGAGGGACAGCAGUCGAGAGCCAGGAGGGUCCCUGUCGUUUCUGCGUAAGGCGAUGAAGUACGAGGACACCCAGCACAUUCUCUGUCACCUCAACAUCACCAUGCCCCCCUGCACCAAGGGGAGUGGAGCUGAAGAUAGGAGAAGGACCCUGACACCCCUGGCCCUGCGAUACAGCAUUCUCAGCGAGUCCACACCAGGUUUUCUCAGUGGGACAGACCAGGCAGAGAUGAAGAUGGCUAUUAUUUCGGAGCACCUCGGUCUCAGCUGGGCAGAGCUGGCCCGGGAGCUGCAGUUCAGUGUGGAAGACAUCAACAGGAUCCGAGUGGAAAACCCCAACUCCCUGUUGGAGCAGAGCGUGGCCUUGCUGAACCUCUGGGUCAUCCGUGAAGGCCAAAACGCAAAGAUGGAGAAUCUGUGCUCGGCUCUGCGGAGCAUCGACCGUGGAGAGAUCGUGAACAUGCUGGAGGGCUCCGGCAGACAGAGCCGCAACCUGAAACCGGACCGGCGGCACGGGGACCGAGACUACUCGCUGUCACCCUCCCAGAUGAAUGGUUACUCCUCGCUGCAGGACGAGCUGCUGUCCCCUGCCUCCCUGGGCUGCGCGCUUUCCUCUCCGCUACGUGCAGACCAGUACUGGAACGAGGUGGCCGUCCUAGACGCCAUCCCCUUGGCGGCCACGGAGCAUGACACCAUGCUGGAGAUGUCUGACAUGCAGGUGUGGUCUGCCGGCCUCACACCCUCCCUGGUCACUGCUGAGGACUCCUCUCUGGAGUGCAGCAAGGCCGAGGACUCUGACGCCACAGGUCACGAGUGGAAGUUGGAGGGGGCGCUCUCGGAGGAACCACGGGCCCCUGAGCUGGGCUCUCUGGAACUUGUGGAGGACGACACAGUGGAUUCAGAUGCCACAAAUGGCCUUAUCGAUUUGCUUGAACAGGAGGAAGGUCAGAGGUCAGAAGAGAAGCUGCCAGGUUCUAACAGGCAGGAUGACGCGACAGGUGCAGGGCAGGACUCAGAGAAUGAAGUGUCUCUUGUUUCAGGCCAGCAGAGGGUGCAAGCCCGAAUCACACACUCCACCACCGUGAGUCGGGUGACGGAGAGGAGUCAGGACAGACUGCAGGACUGGGAUGCAGACGGCUCCAUUGUCUCAUAUCUGCAAGAUGCUGCACAAGGUUCCUGGCGAGAGGAGGUCACACAAGGCCCACACUCAUUCCAGAGAAUGAGCACCACGGCCAAAGGGCUAGAGCCCAGCGGGUCUCAGGAGUAUGAGAAGGUCCUGGUGUCGGUGAGCAAGCACAUGCGGACAGAGCAGCCCAAGGCCGAGAGCUCCCAGGCCAACAGGGACCGGAGACAGCAAGCCCACGGAGAGCAGGGGAAUGAGCUUCAGAAUAUUCCAGGGGAGCAGGUGACAGAGGAGCAAUUCACGGAUGAGCAGGGCAACAUUGUCACCAAGAAGAUCAUUCGAAAAGUGGUUCGACAGAUAGACGCAUCCAGCGCCGGAGCUGCCCAGGAGUACGAGGAGGUGAUUGUCGAGGGGCCCCUGGAGGAUCCCAGUGAGCUGGAGGUCGAUGUUGAUUCCUUUAUGAAACAUGCUAAGGAUCACACCUCGACACCCAACCCCUGAAUCCCACACACUCUGCCAUGCACACUGGAGGAGAGCUGGACCUGAGGGCCACCGCAGCGGUGCACACGUUCCUCUGGGCUGACGGCAUGACCUCUGUAAGGGACUCCCGAUAGUCCCCUCUUCGCAUGAAUGACUGACUGUAGACGCAUGACCUCUGGGCUUCAAUCCUGCCUCUAGCAAUGACAGCUGAUCUGUCAGAACCAGGACACAAAAGCAGCCAGAAGCGGAGAGAGAGGGAUAGAAAACAAGCAUGGAGAGCCUGCGAACGCAAAAGUGAAUGAGGGCUUUUUGUGGCUGGGGAUGGGUUUUGGUUUUGGAGGGUUUUUGUUAAAUUGUUUUAAUUUUGACUUCAUACAGGGUACUUUUUUCCAACCUCAUCUGUCAGAAAUCCAUGUGGGCUUCCUAGAAAGAAAAAAAAAAAAGAAAACUAGGCAUGAAAUCAGUUUAGUACCUUAAUCUUAAGCCAUGCCCUUGUCUGCCCACCCUCCCCAACCCACACACCUCCAUUCCACUUGUGACACCCCCUCCAUUCCCUGGCAACACUCCACCCAGAUCGCUUUACAUGACAUUCAGGACGUGUGUGAACUCGUGCGCGCGCAUGCACACACACACACCGCUCACCUCCACUGACUACACACAGAUUUUACUGUGACAUCCGAAGCUGUACAGACACUGCUGUGGAUAAACUGGAAUUUUUUAUGUUGUCUUUCUCUCUCUCUGCCAAUUUCAGUACGAAUUAUCUUCCAAUGGAAAAUCAUUACCUUGAGAGUGCAUUCGGGGUUCCUUGUGUUAGGGACUUAAGAAUCCAAGGUGAGGACCCCCAGGCUUAGCUGUAGGGCUCAAAGGGAGCCAGGGCCCCAUCUGAAAGGAUUUCCUCUCUCAGUUGGGGAUGGGCCGGUGGCUGACCCAGGAUUGCACCAGCAUGUCCAUAGAGAAGAGGUUUUCUAUAUCUUCAAGCACUAUAUCAUAGUCUGUGUUCAAAGUGUAAACUGUACAGUAAUCAGCCUUGUGUAUAUGAAAAACAAUAAAUACUAUGCAAACCAAUAGAAACAUUUAGCAGUACUACAGAGCCUGACAGCGCAGCUCCUGAGAACUUCUGCAGCGGCAGGAGAAGGAGCUACGCCUGUCUUUCAGUGAAAGAGGAAGGAAGGGCAUAGGGCUAGUGAAUGUAUUUGCCAGGUCUCAGAAGUCAGGACCACCCAAGGUCUCCCAGAGUGAACUUGGUGCUUUAAGUCCAGACAGCCCGCAGGCUGGGGACCCUGGGUGCAGGUGCCAGGCCUGAGGCAGGACAGCCUCAGUGCCUCCCCUCUGCCCAGCCUCUGUGGCCUCUUGGAGAGGCAAGCCAGACAUGCUCCCGGACCAUGUGGCCAGUGGGAGCAGGGGCGGAGGUGGAGAGCCUGGAUCCCAGAGGCAGGGGCCAGGCUCUGGGUCAGGGUAGGAAGGAGACAGACAGCUGGCAGUUCCUCGCCUCGGUGCCAUCAGGGAGGAGCCUUAAGUUCCACCAGAGCCUCCGGCCCAGGGAGGCCCGAAUCAGCACAAUCCCGGCCCCGCCCUCGCGGCGGGCGCCCCCGGGUCAGGAGAGAGACAGCUGGCUCCUCUCGCCCCGGGAGCCGCGGUGUGGACGGCCCGGCCCUGUCCGCCCCGCCGCUCUGCGGGGGUAUCCUCGGGACACACUUAAAACUUCCAAGUAGCACAGAAGGCCCCUCCACGUCACAAGCCCCCUGGCCGCGGGGCCUGUGAGCGGCGAGGGUCCCCGCACCCCCGAGUCCGCCCCGGUGCUCCCCGGGCUUAGCGGGCCCCGGGACAGACGAGAUGUCUUGCCGGCAGGGGGCGGGGCUGCUUUUGCUUCCUUAGAGGGGCGGGCAGGGGGAGGAAGCUCUAGCUCCGGGCCUCAGUUUCCCCGAGGCUGCGUCGGAGGAGCUACAGGACGAGCCCGGGAGGCGCCGCCGCCGCCAGAGGCCACCCUGGCCCGGCCUCCAGGGCGCAAGGCGCCCGGGAUCCCCCAACCAUGGGGGCCGCGCGGCGCGGCUGGGACCGAUUCGGUGACCGCCCAAGGAAGCUGGGCGCAGGGCUCGCCUCCCCCGCCUCGAUCCUGUACCCUCCUCUCCCAGGUCGCCGCUGCAGCCAACCCAGUAGCCCCCUUAGCGCCCCGCGCCCCCCAACCCCGCGGCUCCAGGCUCCGCUUUGGCACCUCUGCUCCGGCUGGCAUGGCUGCGCGCUCCGGCUGCUGUAGGAGCUGUUAGGGAGGAGUUUGGGGUCUCCACACGAUGCCUAGAGAAUGCUGCAGUCUGCACAUUAGACGCUUUUUAGAAGUUUUGAAAUUACCUUGAUUUUUUUAAUUGUUAUGAAAAUGGAUCUUUUCUUGACUCUCCCACAUGCUCUGUUAUGGGAGAGAAUCCCCCACCCCACUCUGAUGUAUAGACUUUUCUCCCUACACCAGCCGAACCAAUGUCAAAAUUAAUAAAGAAAUGGACUAAUGGCA